AAUUGUGUGUUGCUUGCUUAUGAAGUCUAAUGCAAUCAUAAAUUGCGUCCUCCGGCCAAUCAGCGCGCCGGGGGGAUGCGGCAUGAAAGCGACCCAUGUGGAGAACUUUGUUGAGCCCCAUUGUUGGUGCUGUCAGCCCUGAGCGGAGGGCCGGGCGGGGGCAGGCCGCUAUAAAACUCCUCUCCCCAGAGUGAGGAAACCAGAGGAGUUCAGCAGCCAUUCACACUGAUUCUCUCCCAGCUACCACAAGGAGUAUCUCACAUUUCACACUCUUGUUUUGUUGUUGUUUUUUUUUUUUUCCUCCAAUCCGGGACCAUGAUGAUCCCAAGUGUCCUCGCGCCUCCAGCCCUGUACCCGGGGCUGUACCGGCCCGCCGCCUCGCUGCCGCUCCACCAGACCCUGCCGUCCGUCUUCCCGACGCACUCCAGCUUUCUAGUGGAGGACCUGCUGCGGAUAAGCCACCCCGCCGCCUUCGUUAACCGGACUGCCGCUUCGUCGAGCGCCUCCCCGCAAACGGCCACCGCCACCGUGUCCUUCAGCGGCGUGCCGGAGCGCGCGAUGACGCGCGAGUCGUGCUCGCCGAAGACGUCGGUGGCGAGCAGCAAGGACCCAACUUUUCUCAAGUUUGGAGUGAGCGCCAUCCUCGCACCUUCACCAAAGACCGCGUCCUUAACCCCCGCGAUCCACAGCCUGCACUCCAAGACCUUCCCCUUCCCCUGCUUUGACGGUACCUUUCACCCCAUAUUCAGGACGCCUUAUUUACCAGCAUCCUCAUCAGUCGUUCCCAUCCCCGGGACGUUUUCGUGGCCCCUGGCCGCCAGAGGGAAACCCCGCAGAGGGAUGCUGAGGAGGGCGGUGUUCUCCGACGUGCAGCGCAAAGCCUUGGAGAAAAUGUUCCAGAAGCAGAAAUACAUCAGCAAGCCCGACAGGAAGAAACUGGCCUCCAAACUGGGCCUCAAGGACUCACAGGUGAAAAUCUGGUUCCAGAACCGGCGGAUGAAGUGGAGGAACUCUAAGGAACGCGAGCUGCUGUCGUCCGGCGGCUGCCGCGAGCAGACGCUGCCCACCAAAGCCAACCCGCACCCGGACCUGAGCGACGUGGGCAAGAAGUCCUCGGCCGACGAAGAGGAGGAUGAGGAGGAGGAGUUCAGAAGAGAGAGGAUGAGGGCGGCAGGCUCCAGCAUCUCCUCUCCAUCUCUUUCCAGCAAGCACUCGGACUUCUCAGAGUCAGACGAAGAAGAAAUAACAGUAUCUUAAUUUAUUUUCUGACAAAAAGCAAAUUAGAGAUAUAACCCGUGUUUUUGUUUUCAUAUGAGACUGUGACCACAUUUGUAAGGAGCUGCCGCCCUGAGACAAAGAAAGAGCCCAUAAAUGUUCAAAAAAACAAACAAAAAGUUUCACUCGAGUGUGUUUCACCAGCGCAUGCGCACUGUACAGGAUCGGCUUCUGAGACACAGUUUGCUGUUUUGCACAGCUUUGUUCAAUUGUACAGUAUUUUGUACAAUUUUGUAUGGAAAUUUUAUGCCAAGAUUAUUGAGUUACUUUCACCUUGAAUAGAGUUGUUUAUUGAAAAAAAAAUGUAGCUAUUUCGUUAAUAAUUUAUAUGGAUGUGUUUAAGUAUGUUGCAUUGUGUGCUGUAUAUAUGUUUAUUUCACACUUUUUGUACAAAUACCAAAUAAAAUUGUAAACAAUUACAA